AUGAAUCACAGAGAUAAUUAUUUUCUUGAUAAAAUUCUAGACAUAAUUAGCGAAGAAGGAUCUAGUGAUGUACCUCUCAUUCAGUUUAAACAUCCCAAGGAGUUGGAGGCACUUUUGGACUUGGAUGUGUCUAAUGGAGUGGACGAUAAAGAGUUAGCGCGAUGCGUUCGGAAAAUAUUGCAGUAUAGCGUGAAGACCAACAAGGCUACCUUCAGGAACCAACUAUACGGAGCUACAGAUCCAUAUGGGCUAUCGGGCGCCUGGAUUGCUGAAGCAUUUAACACCAGCCAGUAUACAUUUGAAGUAGCGCCAGCAUUCACUAUCGUUGAGUUAAAAAUCCUCAAUCAUAUCUUGCAGCUCUUUGGCAUACCUGAUGGGGAUGGUAUCUUUAGCCCCGGUGGUUCAGUCUCUAUGCUUUACGCGCUUGUUGCUGCACGAUAUAAGGCUUUUCCUGAAGUCAAGAGUAAGGGCUUGAGGAAUCUUCCGGAAUUAGUAAUUUUUACUUCUGAAGAUAGUCACUAUUCAAUCAUGAAAGGCGCCCAUUGGCUGGGCUUCGGAACUGACAGCGUCAGACAGAUCAAAACGAAUGGACUAGGUCAGAUGCUUGUAGACAAACUCGACGCUACUAUACAGAUGGAAAAAGAUCAUGGUAGACAGCCCGUUUUGGUGAACGCGACUGCAGGAACCACUGUUCUUGGUGCUAUAGAUAACUUAGAAGAUGUUGCAGACGUGUGCGAAAAACAUGGCGUAUGGAUGCAUGUCGAUGCCUGUUGGGGCGGUAGUUUAAUAUUGUCACGUAAAUAUAGACAUAGAUUAAAAGGUAUUGAAAGAGCAAACUCUGUAUCAUGGAACCCUCAUAAGAUGGCAGGUGCUCCACUCCAAUGCUCCGUGUUUCUUGUUCGAGAGAAAGGUUUACUCCACGCGGCUAAUUGUGCAUCAGCGCAAUACCUUUUCCAGCAGGACAAGUUCUAUGACAUCACCUAUGACACUGGCGAUAAAAGCGUACAGUGUGGUCGAAAGAUUGACGCGUUCAAACUGUGGAUGAUGUGGAAAGCUCGAGGUGAUGACGGCCUUGGUCUACUUGCUGAUCGCGUUAUGAAGAUUGCAGAAUUUUGCUCGGAAACAAUAGAGAAUAAGCCGGGUUUUAGACUAGUUUCGGCUCCACUGCAGUGCCCAAACGUUUGUUUUUGGUAUAUACCGACUAUAAUGCGAUCUAAGGCAGAAGAUACUGAAUGGUGGGAUUUGAUGCACAAAAUAACAAAGAAGAUCAAAGAAUUAUUGACUCUGAGCUCACGUCUAAUGUUGGCGUACAUGCCACUGAGACAUCACAAGAAUUUUUUCCGUCUCGCGUUUACUUUCCACCCCUUGAUAGAGGAAGUGGAUGUGUUGGACAUGUUACGAGCUAUCGAGCACUGUGGCGAAAUGGUCACUUUAUCGAUGCUGUGA